GAGCGAUAGUUGCCUUCUGGGUCGGCUUCGCGGCCCACGGCUUUCUCGGGCCUGCGGUGGUUCCUGAGCCUGACUGGCCUCGUGACGGGCCAGGACACGAGCUAGAGGACGCCUCCACCAGCUCGUCCGUCACCAGCGUGACGCGGGAGCCGUGCCCCGCCUUCGACCCGCAGAUCCAUUGCCCGGCGCCGCCGGCGCCACCAGCGCCCACCCCAGCGUCCCCGGAGGCGCUGCGCGUGGUGGGCGAGGGCGUGACCGCGACCGUCGAGGUCCCGGUGGUGCCGGCGAGCGCGAUCGUCAUCGUGCUGCAGGCCUUCGUCGGCUGGGGCUGCUGCCGCUGGUGCGAGGGCGCGGAUCCACGUGGCGUGAUGUCGCUCGUCGACGGAGCCGUGCCCGGCAUGCGGGUGCUGGUGCAGUAUUCGACGGAUCCAGGCUGGACGCAUGAGCGUGUUCUGUGCUGGCCCACGGCCGCUGACCUCUCGGAGUGGAUGGUGUAUACUGCUGGCAACCAUCUGUAUCCUGAAGGGCGGGCCGACUAUACCUCAGUGGUGAAGUGGACUGGCAAGCGAGUGUACCCGCCUGGCACGACCAAUGUGGUUGCCUUCAGCCGGCCCCUGACUGACGAGGAGCUCCUCAGCGUCGUCAAGCGGGGCCGCGGUGAGGCGAUCGCUGACCACGGCAACGCGGCCGCCACAUGGGCCGGGACAGGUGUGACCUGGACUGGUCGCCGCCUCGCAGUGCCGGACGUGAUGGCGGUCGACGCGCCGAGGGUCGAGCGGCGGCUGCGCGGCAAGCAGGUCCGCCCCGCCGAGGCCGAGGCGGCUGCGCCGCUCGCCGACGCCGACGGGGCCGCUGGCGCCACCGGGCCGCGGCCGCCGCCGCCCGAGGAGCUGCCGCCCGGCGCCUGGUUGCUUGGCUCGCUCGACGGCGGUGCCGACUUCGGGCUUGAGGUGAGACUGUCGCCGAACGCCAUCGUCCGGGGCAGGUAUGGCGUCGACCAGGACCCGCGGGGCGAGUGGUUCCCGAUCGAGUUCGUGACGGACGACGCGAUGGAGCGGUGGCGCGAGGAUAAGCUGGUGGCGGCCGACAAGCUCCGGCCCGCCCGCGAGGCCUUGGAGGAGAGGCUCUUCCCGGGCCGCGAGGCCGGCGCUGGCGGGACCGCCACCCCCUCGCCAGAGCCAGAGGGCGGGGGGCUUGGCCCCGAGUGCGUCGCCACUCACGAGAGGGAGGACUUGCGCACGUGCUGGAUCGACACCGACGAGACCGGUGCCAGGUUCAAGGAGUGGAGGAAGGUCGUGCAGGAGAGCACACAGGAGAUCUUCUCGGACUCGAGCAUCCGUGGGCCCCCCGCCUGCCUCGAGAUUGGUCGUAAGAUGUAUCGCCAUGGUGGCGCACCCAAGAUGUGGUUUCAGGAGUGGUGCAAGGAGCAGGGCGUGACCAGGAAGGAUCGCGCCUACCACGAGGUGCAGACCUUGAUCGAAGUACUGUACCUGGCGGGGACCUAUGACCAGCUCAACAUGGGCGCCCUGGCGUCGUUGGAGGUGGUCUCGCGGCGGCUGCAACAGUAUGUGGAGGCCUACGCGCACGGGGCCGAGAACGCGAACUGGGGCGCGGCGAAGCACCUGGGCGGCACGACCAACCCGCUCGACUUGGUGCCCGACGCGCUCCGGAGCUAUGCCAGCCGACUGUCCAAGGAGGAGCAGGAGCUGGAGGCGCUGCGGAUGCGGUCCCGUGUCCCCGGCGCUGCUCCAGCCGACGGCGCGGGCGCGGCAGCCGCGGCCGUCGCCUCUGGCGGCCUGCCCGCCGCUGGAGCUGCCGGCGGCGCCGCGGCCGGCGCUGAGGGAGGUGAUGCGGCCGGCAAGGGCCGCGGUCGAGGCGGGUGCCCGACCGUCUCCCGCAGAACCAAGGGCAGUUCGGGGCUCCGUGGGUCGGCCUGCCUGCCCAUAGCCCCGUUGGCGGCGCUCCCUGACGACUGGUGCGACGGCCUGACGCCUGGUCAGCGGCGCCGCUGGCUGCGAGACGGCAACGCAGCCUGCAAGAGCUUGAAUUACUUGCACGGUGGUGAGCAUCGCAGUGGCACGGCGCCCGAGGGGAGCGUUAGCCAGCGUAAGAUGGAUCUCAUCAGGGCCGAUGUGCAGCAGCGCGUCUUCUCGGCGGCUCGUCGCUGGAUUGACGUUGACAGCGCCAUCACAGAGCAGGAGGCUUUGGCCAAGCUUCUGAAGGGCAAGGCGGGCUACGCUCCCCUUGGCUCUACCAGCAUGGGCUCCUACGAGUACUCGCGGGUCAGCUUGCCGGACUGCGUCCUGGACGCCCCCAGUCUGGCCCAGAUGCUACCUGCGGAGGCGAGGAUUUUUCUCGAGGAGUACUCCACCAAGAUGCUGCUUCCCCCUCGUGAGGCGGCGCUAAUACGAGAGCUUCAUGGACUUCCUGGUUGUCAUACUGACCCUCUGCUGCUCCAACGUCCUCGGAGCUACGCGAAGUUCGUGAGACGAGCGCUCAGGAUCGGGCUCGUGACUUUGACCCGACGACCUUUGAGCGUUCUUGGACUGUUUUUUGUAAAGAAGAAGGAUGGUGAGCGCCUGCGCCUCAUCGUGGACUGUAGACGCAGCAGUGCUCUUUUUCGUCCCCCGCCUGGUGUCGACUUGCUGUCAGGUGAAGGGCUUGGCCGCAUCGAGGUGCCGGUGCUUAAGGAGGGGGACCUCAGCGAGCUGCGCGUUGUCCUGGGGGUCGGCGACGUCGCCGACUGCUUCCAUCGGAUGAAGCUGGACGGCGACAUUCGGCGCUACUUCUGCUGGCCGCCGCUGCUAGCCUCUGCCACAGGCGAGACCCUCAUCGAGGGUCAGGCGGCUGGCGACUCGGAGAUGGUGUGGCCCAUGAGUCAGAGCUUGCCGAUGGGCUUCUCAUGGUCGCCCUUCUUCGCGCAGGCGGCCAACCAGUCGCGGCUCGAUCGGCAGCCGUCCUUGGCAAAGAGCUUGCGGCUCAGUGAUCGAGGGCCGCCUCUUGUCCUCCGCCGCGGGCCACAUGGUGAGAACCUCGGCCACUUCAUGUACGUCGACAACGCCGGCGUCCUUGGCUUGUCGGACACCGCCGUCCGCUCAGCCCUUCACGAAGCCCAGACCGAUUUCGAUCGUGACCAUCUCAAGUUUCAUGAGGUUGAACUUCACGUGGGAGGUGGUCGUACACUGGGCUGCCACCUGGAUGGAGCGAGGCUCUGCACGCGGCCUACGGGCGAGAGGUUCGCAGCCGUGCGGAAGGGCCUGCGAUGUCUCCUCAGGCAGCGCAAGGUUGCCGGGUGGCAGCUUGAGAUGGUGCUGGGCCACAUGACGUUCAUGGCCUUGGUUCGGCGCGAGCUGCUGUCUAUCUUUCACGCAGUGUACGCUUUCGUGACGAGCAGCUAUCACACCUUUUCGGUCCUUUGGCCCACUGUUCGAGAGGAACUGGAGUGCUUCGUGGGAUUGAUGGUGAUGCUCGAGGCUCGCUGGGACCGCGACUGGAUGCCUUUCGUUUACUCGUCGGACGCCAGCCUUUACGGAUACGGCGUCGCAGAGGCGGAGUUCGACUCUGCCCAGGUGGCUCUAGUCGGCCGCAUCUCGGAGCUGAGUCGGUGGCGUUUGUGCGCUGGUCUGGCUCGUCAGCACGCCUUCGAGAGUGCCGGGUUUCUUUUGAACUCAGAGACGGGCGAGGUUGUCCGCGACGCCGAGGGGGCGCCGAGGCGGCUCGACUCCGAGCUGCUGGACAUCCUCAACAGCGAGCGCUGGGAGUGCGACCCGGCGUUCCCCGAGCGGACGCUGCAGCGCGAGAGCCUGCCGCCGCGGGCGCCGGCCGCGGGCUCCCUGCAGGAGCCGGCGGCGAAUGCGCCUUGCAGAGUGCGCACCCUGAGCCCGGGGGCGGGCGCGAGCAGCUCUGCGGCGGCCCCGCCGGCGAGGCGAGCGCGUGUGCUGGACGCGUCCCAGGGCCUGGAUGCGAGGCUCGUGGCUGCCGCCCCGCCGCACUGCCCGGCGCAGACGGACGCCGUGGAGGCCUUCCUCGAGACGCCGGCGGGCAAGCUGAUUCCAGCAAGCGCCGGCGUCCCCGCGGCGGCCGUGGACGCGGGCGCCUCACAGAGCUACGAGAGCAGCGACGUGGAGGAACGGCGGGUGGUGACCGCCUCGCGCCGGAACCUCGAGCUUCGGGGCAAGGCUCGCGUCCGCAGGGCCAUCCAGGCCCGCGGCGGCGACAUCUGGAGGCACGGCCACAACACGGGGCUGAGCUACUUGGAGAAGCGCUCGGUGGGGGCCAGGUCGCUGGAGACCUACCGAGAGUGCGCCCUCGCGUUCUGUGCCUGGGCAGGCUUCUUGCUGACAGCCAUGCCCGCGUCGGCCGUGCUGGACGUAAAGUUGGUCGAGUACAUGAACAAGCUCUUCCUCGAGGGGGUCAAGAGCUGGCGUGGAGAGAAGCUCAUUGCUGCAAUGAUGUUCUUCCACCCGGACUAUGGGAAGUCUGGUGGCCUCUACAUGCCACGUGCCCUUCGUACUCUCAAAGGUUGGAAGCGUCUCAGCCCAUCAAGAUCGCGGAAGCCCUUGGUGUUCGCGAUGUGGGCGGGCAUCGCGGUCGAGUUGGCCAGGCUGGGCGCUCCUCUCGCCGGGGUGAUGGUGCUCAUCAUGGUGGAGUGCUAUCUUCGACCCGGCGAGAUGCUGGGGCUGACGUCGAACUCGUUCCUGCCACCUUGCAGCCGCGCCGUGGACAACUGGGUGCUGCUCCUCUUCCCGGAGAGCGGCACGGCGCGCAGCAAGACGGGGUCGUCGGACGACUCGAUCCCGAUCGAUUCAGGAAGGAUGGCCUGGAUGCAUCACAUCUACCGGGCCCUUCGCGAUCGAGGGUCGACUCAGCCGCUGCUCGGCCUGACCUACCCGCAGUUCUUGGCGCUGUUCAGGCGGGCGGCUCACAACAUCGGGGUCGACGCGGUGCCCUACCAGGGGAGACACUCCGGGGCAAGCCUGGACAGGGCCUCGAACCGCCGGACUCAAGAGGAGGUCCAGAAACGCGGGCGCUGGGCCACACUCACCUCGGUCAAGCGCUACGAGAAGGCGGGCAGGCUGAACGAGUCGUGGGAAGGCCUGUCGGAGCUCACGAAGUCGUUCUGCGUGGCUGCUCUGAGGGUGAUGGAGGAUGCCGCCGCCUGCGCCGUGCUCAAGGCGCAGAAGGCUCCGUAUCUCCUGGAUCUCUUCGCCGGUGCUGGAGGGGUUGCCGCGUGGGCUCGCAAGCUGGGGGUACCUGCCAUCAGCUUAGACCUUCGGCAGGGUGCUGAUCAGGAUGUGUGCAGUGCUGCCAACCUCCGCAUCAUCGCGGAUCAUUUUCGCCGUGGUCUCAUUCGUGCUGUGAUGAUUGCGCCUCCGUGCGCGUCCUUCUCGCUGGCCCGGAACAGUUUCCUCAGGGCCUACCACGAUUGCGAGCCCAUGAUCGUGAAACAGUAA